AUGGAUGUAUACGUCCUGUUCAAUACUACCGUGCCUGGGAAUCCUGAGAAUGGGACGUAUCCUCCGGAGGACCCCAAUACGCCGCUAUUGACGAACUUUAAUGUUCUCUUGGCAUCCAUCUCUCUCCUCCUCAACGCUAUCCUCUCGCUGUCCCUCAACCUCCGUCUCUCGACACCUCUUCUCGUUGCAGCCCUCCGAUGCUUCGUUCAACUCUCCCUCCUCGGAGUCAUCCUCAAAACGGUCUUCACCAGCCAAAACCCAUGGACAGUCUCGGCAAUGGGUGGAGCACUCGUAAUCCUCGGCGCGUGGGAAGCAACGUGGAACAGAUCCAAACGCCGCUUCGAAGGAAUGUUCUGGUCGACUCUCCUCUCCAUGGGUCUAACCUGCGUCAUCUGCGCCUCCCUCGCUUCCCGCUGGGCAAUGGGCUCAACACCUUGGUGGUCGCCCGAGCGGUUCAUCCCAGUCCUCGGAAUGUCCCUCGGGAACGCCAUCGCCGGAAUUAGCGUCGGAGUUGGAUACGUCCUCAACGUUCUCGGUACAGCCGAACGUGAGAAAGUCGAGAUGAGCCUCGCAUUUGGAGCGACGAGGUGGGAGGCUACGAGGCCGUUGUUGAGGGAGGCGAUUAGGCUCGCCACGUUACCGAGUAUUACGCAGAUGAGUGUCAUGGGUCUCAUCUCGAUUCCGGGAACGAUGACGGGAACGAUUUUGGGUGGUGCGGAUGUGGAUCAGGCAGUGAAGUACCAGUUGGUCUUGAUUUUCGUGAUUUCGGGGUGUACUGGAGUCGCGACUGUCAUGGCUGUAUGGGCUUGUUUGGCGGUCGUCGUCGAUGAAAGGCACCGCGUGAGACCCGAAAGAAUCUACGGAAAGGCCAAGAAUGGCGAGUCCCUCUGGUCCAAGUGGAGGAAGUCCCUAGCAGCAAAGAAGGCAGCCAGGGAGGAAGCAACGAACGGCUCAGGCCCAGAAAACACCGAGCGCGAACCCCUGUUGAGCAGGGUAAACUAA